GUAACUGGAAGCAAAGAAGAAGUAGUUAAAGAAAUUGAGCACAUCGAAGAACUUCUUUCUAAUAAGAAGGUUAAUGAUUGGCUUGAUAUAGAAGAAAGCUUGACUACAAUAUUCAAGGAGCUAUCAAAUAACAAGAAUCUUGAAAUAGAGUGUGACGAAUUCACAGUAGAUACACGAGAAGAUAAUAAUCUGGACUUAUUUGGUAAGUUUAAGCUAGUAUAUACUUUUAAUGAGAAAAAAAAUGGAAUAUUAGUAGAGAUAACUCCUGGUCAUUCCUCAUUAAGCUUAUUGGAAGACCUAUUGUCUAGUGAAGAGGAAAAUAUUAUUAAAGAAAAGCUGACUGAAAUACAAAAUACUUAUAGUAAUAUAGAGAGUUACACGGCAUACACAAUUAGACAGUACAUAAACAUAGAACUUGCUAAGAUGGAGAAAAAGUCUGUAUUUAGCCGAAUUCAAGAAAGUAUUAAAAAUAACCAUGAUAAUAUAAAUGAUAUUUUCCUUCAUGGGAUGAUUCGAUCAGUUGAUCAAAAAGUAAACAUUGUUAAAUACUUCUUGAUUAUGAAUGUAAAGAAUACUCUACCAAAAAACAAUUCACUAGUUCGGUUUACCAAUAAUCUCAUAGGAAGCACUCCAUUGGACGAUUCAGCAACAAGAAGAAGGAUGCUGCGUUAUUGCUUGCUUAAUAAAGACGGUAAGGGCUACUAUCCAAGAAUUGAGAGCUGCUGGGAAGAGGUUGCUACAAUUACUCGAUAUAAUUUUUAUACAAUAAUUAAUGGCAUCUUACGUAAUUCGGGUUAUUCCAUAGAUGUUAAGUUAGAGUGCUUUAAAAGGUUGAUGAUGGUCUUGGCAAAUCAUAAUAAUAAGCAUGCUAUUAUUACAAGUUUGUACUUAAUUAAUGAUAUAGUGGAUUGUUCUAGAAAGACUAAUGAACUAACUAAAACACUUUUAGAGUUUAUAAAAAUAAUAGAUGAAACAGUUAUGCAGCCAGAUGGAUCAAAUAUGUUUUGUAUUUACUUAAGAUGGAUUGUCAAUGUAGGAACACGUAAUCACAUUUUAAAAGAUAAGAAAGAGAUUAUAAAGAUUCUAAUGGAUCAAAUAGAUGUUAAUUAUAAUUUUAAUCUAGAUAACAUAUGGGAUUGUUGGGUUCUUAGCGACCAUUCCUAUAUAUUGGAAAAAUUAAAAACAUGUAAGAAUCUAUUUUGUGAUGAAGAAUGCCCAGAGAGUGUUGAAAAGUACAACUGUCUUAUGAGCAAAAUAAGCGAAAUUGCUGAAUUGAACAAAAAAAGACGUUCUAGAGCCUCUUGAAUCGUUUUACACAUAGAAAUGCAUAAGUGAAUAUUGAAUCUGGUGUACUCAUGAGAAAUAACACCAUUAUUACCCUGCUACAUAGCCAAGAUAGAGAAGAGAGUGAAAG